GCAUCACAGAUGAGCGAGAUGGCCGAGCGAGCCCCGUCCUCCGUGGCCCUUGAAUCGUGGCCGUCGCCGCUGCGCACGGUGAGCGGCGCGCCGGUGCCCGCCCUUGCCUUCGGCCUCGGCACGCGGCACCGCCACGUCUCGGACGACGUGACCGCCAACGCGCUGCGCGCGGCGCUGCACGCAGGCUUCCGCCACAUCGACUGCGCGCGCUUCUAUGGCACCGAGGCGAUCGCGGGGCGCGUGCUCGCGGAGGGGCUCGUGCCGCGCCGUGAGCUCUUCCUCACUUCCAAGCUGUGGAUGACGCACCACGACGACGCGGGCGUCGCCGAGAGCGUCAACGCGUCGCUCGCUGCGCUUGGCCUUGAGUACUUAGACAUGCUGCUCAUCCACUGGCCCGUCGCAUGGACGCGCGAUAGCGACCCAGCGGACAAGGCGCGCGGCGUCACGCCGCGCGCCGACGUGCCGCUCGUCGCGACAUGGCGUGCGAUGGAGCGCCUCGUCGCCGCCGGGCGCGUGCGCGCGCUCGGCGUGAGCAAUUGCGGUGUCGCCGAGCUCGACGAGAUACUCGGUUCGGACCCCGCCGUGCGACCGACAAUCAACCAGGUGGAGUGCCACCCGCAGUGCGCUCAGACCGCGCUGCGCGACGCGUGCGCCGCGCGCGGCGUGCGCCUAGCGUGCUUCGGCCCGCUCUGGCCGCAGCGCGCCGCGGCUGAGGGCGGCGGCGGCGGCGCGGCGGCGGGCAGCGCGCGUGUCGUGGCCGCGUGCGCCGCCGCCGCCGCCGCACACGGCCGGUCGACGACGCAGGUGCUGCUGCGGUGGCUCAUCCAGCGGGCGUGCAUGCCGGUGACGACCUCGUCCAACCCCGAGCGCGUGCGGCAGUCCUUCGGCGCGCUCGACUUCACGCUUACCGACGCCGAGAUGGCCGCGAUCGACGACGCGGGCGCGCGCGCGCCUUUCCGGCGCUACAACCCCUUAGGUUGGCGCGAGCCGCCCGACGCGCUGUGGUUCGCUCCGGAUGAUAUCGAUGCCUCCGAGUCCCGUCCGAGUCAGGCACAGAGUGCCGGGAGUCCUAGGGUGGUCUUGAAUAGCUAGCCCCUUGUGACCAAAAAAUAUCUUUUAUGGUC